UUGGAUCACAGUCAGUCUAUCGAGCAUACACCAGCGCGAGUUUUAGUCGUAUUCUCCACACAACAUGCCGAAGUUUAUAUCUGAAGUUGACGUCGAGGCCCGAAAAAAGAUUCAGGAGGAUGAAGGUAUAGUCGAAGCUCCAUACGAUGCUAGGUCCCUAUAUGAAAGACUGCAGGCUGAAAAGGAUAGAAAGCAAGAGGAGUAUGAAGCGACGAAUGCUCUGAAAAAUCGUAUUCAUCGUCUGGAUGAAGAUGAAGUCGAAUAUCUACAAACGUUAUCUGCUAAACAACACAAAGCUGAAUUGGAAAAGGAGAAAGAAAUUGCCGAAUUACUAAAAGAAGCAAAAGCAAAUCGACCAGUUCAUGUUUCGUCUACAAAUACUCUAUCUGGUUUAAGCACAAAGUCUUUUUAUAAUAAAGGAGGUUCAAGUCAACGAACUCUCAUAGCUAGUGCUGUGAAACGGACUUCUAGCAUGGAUAUAGUUGGCCCACAGUCAAAGCGAGCAAAUACAGGAACAUCUGCUUCAAAUGAAAAGAAUCCAAUCGAUCCUUUGGCAAAAAUGUAUACAGAUGAAUCAACUAAUCGUGAUAUGUCUAAGCAAUUGAUGAAUGGAUCUCUUAACAUACUACCAGGAUUUAGCGACUAUUCAGAUUCAGACUUAGAUUCUGAGGAGUCAACAGAUUCCACUAGUGACGAUUCAACAGAUAUAGAAGAUUCUGUUUGUACAUUACAACAAAUCGCUUGUACAAGAAUGCUUUAUGUUAAAGCUGAAGGUUCCAGAGACAAUUGAAGUGUAUGAGUGAUACUAUUUUCUGAUGUACGGGCUUGCGCCUUUUUUAAUAAUAAUAAUAAUAACAACAAUAAUAA